GUGGUACCGGGCUGCGACAUGGCUGGUGUUGUGGUGGCUAAAGGCAGCGCCGUUUCAAAAUUCGAGAAAGGUGACAAGGUUUAUGGAAACAUCCAAGAUAACAACGCGGAUGAAAAGCUAAAGCAGUUCGGGACACUAGCAGAGUUCAUCGUAGUGGAGGAGAAUUUGGUGGCGAUGAAGCCAGAAAACGUUUCAUUUGAGGAGGCAGCUAGCUUACCUUUAGCGGUUCAAACUGCAAUGGAAGGGUUCAAGACUGCAAAUUUUAAAGAGGGACAGACGGUUUUUAUUGUUGGUGGGGCCGGUGGCGUUGGAACGUUGGCAGUUCAACUGGCGAAACAAUUUUACCGGGCUUCACAUGUCGUGGCAACAACUAGCACACCGAAGGUGGAGUUUGUGAAGAACUUGGGAGCCGAUAAGGUUGUCGACUACAGGAAGACUAGAUAUGAAGAGGUUGAGGAGAAAUUUGAUGUCCUCUAUGACACAAUUGGUGACACUGAAAAUUCAUUUGUGGUGGCUAAGGAUGACGCACCAAUCAUCGACAUAACGUGGCCUCCAUCAAAUCCAAAAGCAACUUAUUCAGGCUUGACGGUUUCUGGGGAUAACUUGGAGAAGCUUAGGCCGUAUUUGGAGAGUGGAAAACUCAAGGCGGUGAUUGAUCCAACUGGUCCAUAUAAUUUUUCUAAUGUUAUUGAAGCUUUUCGAUAUUUGGAAACUGGAAGAGCCAGGGGUAAGGUGGUAAUUUCCCCCUUCCCCGCCCAGCAUUUUCCCUCUCCUUCCAGCAUUACCCAGAAUGGUGCUACAUUUCAAGUAGUUUCCCAGAUUGCGUAUUAGAAUGAAACCUUUUAUUUAUUUUGAGUGCAAGAGUAGCAUUGUAUGAAUUGUCUUUUUAUCAAACAAUUGUAAAUUUGUAAUCAUCUACUGUAUGUCAUUGGGAUAUAAGAUUCUUAAGGGCUUGUUUGGUAAUUUUCUUUUGAAGUAA